AUGUGUAGUAUUACGAGCUCACUGACCGGAGGUUCUAGACGUGUUUUACCACUAUUUGAUCCUGUUCAUCGUCUCUGGAGCACGGCUGCACGCAGUGUUUCCAUUUUUUGUGUGUGACAACGAUCAAGACACGUCAGCAUUCCCGCCGUCACUCGCGCCGCUGCCAGGUUGACUAGAGCCUUCGCCACACCCGAUCCACUGCUCAUACCUCUGCCGUUAAGCGACUCGGAGAGCACCAACUCGGGAGCCUCCGACCCCGCAUCCGCCGUUACCGUGACCGACUCCGACUCAGGAGUCAGACCACGACCGCCGCCGUCCUGCCGCGCGCAGGAUGAGCGAACCGCACGAAGACGCACCCCGGGCCCUCGCUGGAAAUUGCACGCCCCGUCCUACCUUUGCCGCGCCGACCGUACCUUAUCCGGACUUCGACUCUUCUGGUCUCGCAACGAACGACACUUCAAAAAAGAGAAGAUCGAGACAGAUGUCGACAAGAUCGACAUAAUCGGCCAGCUGCUCCUCGACCCAGAGCUGAAGGUGUGGUAUUCCAGUGAUGCCGCGUCACAUCAUGUCAACAAGAAGUACGGCGCAUUCCAACGCGAUUUGACACUUCGCGCGUUGCCGUCCGAUUACAUGUGGCAACACUACCGACGCCUCGACAACAAGUUGUGACAGACGGGUGACUACCGAGAAUUUUCAACGGCCGCUCGCCAUCUGCAACUGGAACUGGGCGUCAGUCUUGUCAGCGACACCCAGCUGGUCCGCCCGCUCCUGCUCCACAUGGACGAGGAGCUCUCCCAGCGACUCCGACUCUCGGAGGUGAUCAAGGGGACGGGAUUGUCGCCCGACGAACUCGACGCCUCCAUAGUUACAGCCGACUCGACCACCAGCCCCGUAGCCUUCGAUUACCAGACGUUCGACGCAGAAGCUAGGCGACUCUGGCGAGUCAUCCGUGCCACCCGCGCUUCCGUGAAGGCGACAGCUCAAGCCUCAGCGAGAAUCGUCCGCCCCACGCCUACGCUGCGCACUACCGCCUCGCCAGCUGCCUCGCCGUCUACGCCGCCGCCGUUGUCUUCCAAAACCCGAGCGCCGCCGAUGACCGACCGUGAGCGUGCUUUCGUCAAGAGCAAUCAGGGCUGCUUCAAAGUGUCGCAAGAUCAAUGCUGGCCACUUCAAGGACACGUGCACUACCUGGGCGACUUCGGCUUGUAAAGUCCCAGCGGGUUCAGGCGACAAGGCACCGUAUCCCCAGAACAAGUUGCGUCCCUAUCCGACGUCGUAGACGAAAUUGUCGACAAGGGCGAAGAGCUACACUGCCUGUGCGAUGACGAAUACCACAACGGCACGGAUGACGAGAGGUGCGAACCCAUUUCCCUUUCUAUGAAGCUCACAACAGAUGAUGGACCUGCCUUGCGAGCUCUAGUUGACACGGGUGCUUCCGCUUCUUUCAUCGCAGAUAAGGAAGUGGAGAAACUACGGUUGACACGGGAGGAAGCUUCAGGUACCCACAUCUGUUAGUGUUGCAAUCCAAAGCCACAGGGUCUCGCAUCCCGUCACUGAAUUCGUGUGUGUGCCACUUCGUACCCUGACCAGCCGAUGGUCUACCCAGCACGUCGUUCUGAAGAUUGCGCCAUUGACGUCGUUGAAAGUGGUGUUGGGGCGACCGUUGUUAAAGCGACACGAUAUCCUGGUCGACUGCAAAUGGCGUCGAGUGCUGGCCCCCGAUCCAACCCUACCCCGGCAAGCGUAUCGAUCUGAUGGACCAGGCGGAGAAGGGGGAAUGGUCGGAGAGUGCGGUUCAGGCGAGCAUCCGGGCCUGUCUCGCUCAUCUUGAAGAGCAGCAAGCGGAAGAGUCGCAAUUGCGAGCACUUGAAGUCGCAUUUCGCAAGGAGUUCUCGGACCGAUUUCCGGCAGACAUCCCGCCGGUCUCGCAGUACGAGUCAAAGGUCCGCCAUCGUAUCGCGCUGAAACCUGGUAUGAAGACUCCGCGGCAACCAACCUAUGGCACUCCGAUGCGCUGGCGUGCAGCGUGGCGACGCUUACUGGAUGAACACCUCGCGGCCGGUCGUCUUCGCCCAUCAUCGUCGGAAUACUCCUCGCCGGCCUUCAUCAUCCCCAAGAAGGGUAUGGACACCGACCCGUCGAUUAUGCCGCGUUGGGUCAACGACUAUCGGAUCCUCAAUGCGGCCACGGUACCGGAUCGCACACCGCUUCCCCUGCCGGACGAGAUUUUGGCCGUCUCAGCUCGGGCGCGCUUCUGGUCCAAGAUCGAUAUGACGAACAGCUUUUUCCAGACGAAGAUGGCCGAGGAGGACAUACCAAAGACCGCGGUGGCAACCCCCUGGGGACUCUUUGAGUGGGUCGUCAGGCCGAUGGGCCUGUCGAACGCGCCGGCGACGCAUCAACGCCGGGUCAACGAGGCCCUGUCUAGUCUCAUCGGCAAGACCUGCUUCGCCUACCUUGACGACAUCACUAUCUUCUCGAAUACCAUGAAGGAUCAUCAAAACCACGUCAAGGAGGUACUCGACGCGCUGCGUCGGGCCGAUCUGUAUUGUUCGCCAAAGAAGACCGAACUUUUUCGGACGUCUUGCGACUUUUUGGGGCAUGUCAUUUCGCAAAACGGGAUUGCAGCAGAUCAGUCGAAGGUGGAGCGAAUCGUGGAGUGGCCGUGUCCGCGGACUGUCACAGAGCUGCGGGGGUUUCUGGGCCUCGUUCAGUACUUGCGCAAGUUCAUCAAUGGUCUGGCCCAACAUACCAAACCUCUGGCGGGUUUAACUCCGAAGCACGCCAAUGUCCGACUCAUGCGGGGUGCCGAGCAAGAGCGACACUUCAACGCCAUAAAGGCCAUCGUCACCUCGCUGCCAUGCCUCAAGCCGAUCGACCACACGGAUUCCGCUUCUCCCUCCUCGGUUAUGACGGACGCAAGUAACGUUGGGAUAGGCGCCGUUUUGCUUCAGGGGCAGGAUUGGCGCAAGGCACACCCGGUGGUGUAUUGGUCUCGACAGUACAUCAGCGCGGAGGUCAACUACCCGACCCAUGAACAGGAGCUUUUGGCGGUCGUGGACGCCCUGCGUCAGUGGCGGGUCAACCUGAUGGGCGUCCACUUCAGUGUCCUUUCUGACCACGAAUCGCUGAAGUACCUCAAGACGCAGGAAAAUCUAUCAAAGCGUCAGGCUCGCUGGGUCGAACGUCUAGCCGACUACGAUUUCGACAUCACCUACAUUCCGGGAGGCGAGAACACCGUGGCAGACGCGAUGAGUCGGUACUCUUUCCCGCAGAGGGAGCCUGAUUCCGUACAGGCGGUUUCGGAGAGGGACGUCGACACACAGCUGCGGGGCCGCCUUGUGGAGGGCUAUGACUCCGAUCCCUUCUGCCAGCAAGUCAAGCGCAAUCUCGACUCGUCGCCAGGUUUCUCUUGUGUGGAUGGGGUGCUGUAUUUCGAGGGUAGGAUGGUUGUACCUGCGGUGCCACAGCUUCGGGAGGACAUCUUACACGACGCUCACGACGCGCUGGGUCACUUCAGCCCGCGCAAGACCUUCCAUCAGGUGUCUCGGACUUUCUUCUGGCCGCGGCUGCGAACAUCAUGCGACCGCCUAUGUUUCAACAUGUGAUGUGUGCCAACGUACCAAAGCAACAACCACAGGCGCGUUGGGGGUAUCACAUGCGUUGGCUGUGCCGGAUGGGCUGAUGCAGGAGGUGGGUCUCGAUUUUGUGGGCCCCUACCCAAGAGCCACCUAUCUUUGA